AUGGUCUCAAGAACUGAGGCUCCAAUUUGGAGCAAUGAAGGAGAAGAAAAACCCGCUGAUGUUUUAAUGGGGUUUGAGGACUUAGCGCCAGAGGGAGAAGUUUACCAGAAGACUCUGAGAUUGGUGGAGUGUUCCAUGUUUGCAGCUGUUUCUGGGUUAGCUUAUUUCUUGAGCAAUUCUCUUGCAAUUGAGAAUUACUUUGGCUGUUUUUUCGCGUUGCCAAUUGUAAUCUCCUCAAUGCGAUGGGGUAUUGCGGCCGGCAGAAAAACGAUGGUGGCAACCAUUAUGCUAUUAUUUGUUUUGUCUGGUCCUUUGAAAGCAUUAACCUAUCUGCUAAUGCAUGGUUUACAUGGAUUUACCAUGGGCGCGUUGUGGAGGUUGAGGGCAAGUUGGGGUCUUUCAAUCGUCUUGUGCUCAUUUGUUCGAGCUAUGGGUGCCCUGGGGUAUGUUCUAGUAUCCUCAUUCUUAAUAAGAGAGAACAUUCUUGCUGUGAUCACCAUAAACAUCCAUGGUUAUCUCACAUACUUCCUCACAUCCUUGGGACUUAAUGCAAUUCCAUCCAUGAAUUUGAUAUAUGCCCUUUUCGGGACCCUGCUUUUGCUUAAUUGUGGGUUCUUCGUGUUUUUGCUACAUCUCCUCUAUGCUGUGUUCUUCACCAGACUUGGGCAAAAGUCUUCAUUGAGACUGCCAAGAUGGCUGGAGCAAGCAAUAUGA